GAUCUCUUAUGUCAUUUAGAUUAUGAAAAUACUUGUAAAUGAUAGUUAUGUGCUUUUCACAUUUGGCUGUGGGGAAACUGUUAAAAGAUAGUCCCUGUAGAGAAAUUAAAAUGAAUUAAAUAUUAACAUAUCCUCUGCAAUCAGCAGGGGGCACCAGCUGAAAACCAUUUUAGCUCUGAUGCAACUAAGGGGAAAUAACAUGUUGGAAAAUGAAGGGACUGAAUUUAACUGUUUACAGCACCUUUCCAUGUACAGCAGUGUGGCAUGUCACUAAGGCUAGUUCAGGUGGUGCCAUUACAUUAAAUGGAAACAUCCCUAUUUGAAAGUUAUGGCCUUCGUGUUCACAAUUGUUAGGGCAUGUGGUGGUUCUCUUGUGCAAGAGUUUAAGAAUAGCUUCUCCCUCAUGUUUACGGUACUGCUUGUUUAUCUGCCAUGGAUGCUGACGUACAUUAUGUCAUAAGACCCAAGGGCAACAUUGAUUUUAAGUGCUUGGUAGAUGUGAAUAUGGGAGAUGAUGAGUGUUUUAAUCCAAACACAUUUUAUUCUGGAAAGUUCUUGAUUUAAGCUGAUUUCAAGAAGCAGCAACUCUUCCCAUCAAAGAAAUUAUCCAUGUCUCUGUAAUAAAGUUCUUAUCAGUAAGUAUAAUGGUAGUUUUUACUUUAUACUCUUUCUAUUUACUAUGUUCUGGCAUAAAUAUCAUAUUGCAAUAUAUCUAAAUGACCACAAUCACAUCAACAUUUAAGUCCAGACUAUUUAAUUUUGGGCUUAAAUCUUAGCAUUUAAAACUAGAAAUGACACCAAAAUGGGCACCACAAAUUACUAGAGCUCAAUGUUAGAACUUCUCACUUUGUCUAACAGACAGUGGAAAAUCCCCAAACAUAUUCAUAACCAAGAACAAAAAGUAAAUAUUCAUAUUUGAAAUCCAUGAACUAGAAAAUUGUUUUAUGAUUACAUAAAGACAUAAUAAGCCACCAAAACUAUCAAUAUUCAUUGGUCAAUCUAAAUGUAGACAUUAAUAUCAAAAGUAUAUGAAAAGUAUUAAUCCUGUAGCAAAAAAAACAAUUUAUAUAAGUGCACAACAAGGAGAUACAAUGGUCAAAACAACACAGGAGUCACAGGAUGUUGACAUUGACUUGUUUACAGAUUAGAUGGAGCUCCCUCUCUCAGCUCAGGCUCCUCGGAGCAGGUCAUGUGGACGCUGGUUGUCUCUGCUCAGUCCACUAAUGUCACAUUUGGAGGGGACACAGCGCCCACUGGGACAAGUGACACAUGCAGCCCUGAGUAGGAGGGGGCCAUUUCUGUGAAAAGAUCCCAAGGCAGCAAGCAGGCAGGAAUGUGUGGAAGGGAUCAGAUGUCACCAGCUGUGGGGGGCUGGUAUAAAGGACAGAGCUGCCAGCUCUCAGCCAGAAUAGAUAUCAGCCUUUGAAAGUAACAGCACAAACUCAGGAUAAGUUCAGUGAGUCUCCCUUUUACCAACGGAGAGAGAGUAAAGCUUUUAGUUUUCUCUUGGGAAAAUUAGGAUCCAUACUGGUCUAAGUGAGAAUUUUCUAUUAUGGACGUCCAGAGGACAGGAUCUAUGGUUAGGCCUCCGAGCCCCAUGGAUAGCCUGGAGAAGCAGCUGAGCUGCCCCAUCUGCCUGGACAUGUUCACCAAACCUGUGGUCAUCCUGCCCUGCCAGCACAACUUGUGCCGUAGUUGUGCCAGUGACCUCUACGACUCUCGCAACCCAUACCGCUUCUCUGGUGGCGUCUUUCGCUGUCCUACCUGCCGUUUUGAAGUUGUGCUUGACCGCCAUGGUGUGCACGGGCUCCAGCGUAACCUGUUGGUUGAAAAUAUUAUCGACCUCUAUAAGCAGCAGCAAGAAGGCAGCAACAGUGGGAGCACAGAAACCACCGUGAAGCCUAAAGACUCCAAGGAGCCGAUGUGCCAAGAGCAUGAGGACGAGAAAAUCAACAUCUAUUGUACGACCUGCCAGGUACCCACCUGCUCCAUGUGCAAAGUGUUUGGCCAGCAUAAGGACUGUGAAGUCGCACCUUUAGCAAGUGUUUACCAGGCCCAGAAGGGUGAACUGAGUAAUGCUAUCGAUACCCUUGUGGCCAGCAAUGGCCGCCUUCAGGCCCUGCUCAACCAGAUGGAAGAUGCCUGUCGUGCUGUACAGGAUAAUUCUCAGCGUGCUAAGCAAGGCCUGGCCGAACGCUUUGACCUGCUUUAUGCUGUCCUGGAAGAGCGCAAGACUAUCCUACUUGAGCAAAUCGGAAAAGAGCAAGAUGAAAAGGUGGCAGCUCUGCGGGCACUGGCUCAACGUUACGGUGAACGACUGCAGUCCAGUACAGAGCUCACAGAUACGGCUGUGAGGGCGUUGGAGCAGGGUGGUGCUGCUGAGUUUCUGUUGGCUUCCAAGGGCCUCAUCACACAGACCAAAGAUGCAGCUAAGAGCUCACUGGGCGAAGAUAGGCCAGAGCCAGGCUUUGAGAAGAUGGACCACUUCACGUUGUCAACAGAGCAUGUUGAAACAGUCCUGUCAAAAAUGGACUUUGGAGUAGUCGACGAUGAUGACUUUGAGGAUGCAGAGGAGGAGGAGGAAGAGGAAGAGGAAUAAUGAAAAUUGAAGAAAUUAUGGACUUGUAGGAAAUAUUGUUUUAUGUGCUUUUGAAGGUUUUUUUGGACACAAGUGUUUAUGGCAGGGACUGCAUUUGAUGUUGAAAGACAUACAAGGUUACGGUGGAUGUGGGCUAGAAUUGCUUGCCCUUACAGUGCAAUAUUGAAUUUCAAUGUCCUAUUCAUACCUUUUCUUAACUUCUUUUUAUACUUUUGUACUUCUAAUCAGUGAAAUGGAGAAAUUGGGAGUAGAUCAAUGUAAAUAUAGGACGUCUAAAGAUUGAUUACACACCAUUUUUCUCAUGUUGUGGAAGUAGUUACUUGUGUUGUUUUUUUCACUUUGUCUAAGUUUGUGUUGAAUUGGUGAUAAUCACCAAAUCUGUCUUCAAUGGAAUGUGGAAUAAAGCUGCAUGAAGUUAAGCACCCAUUUGCUUUAUUGGUCAACUAAACCAUGACCUUCAGGAAACCACUGAAGGAAGAAAACAUAAGUAUUUUUUGGACAGAGUGCUUCCAUCAAAAUAUUUCCCAGUCGGUUGCUACUUUUCACUUGGCAAUAGGCUGUACUUAAAAAUAAAAGCCCUUGCCAUG